CUACAUCAACAUGGCGACACAUCGCACCUCCGCAGGUCACAGCCGUCGUGAGGCUCCAUUCGUCGAGGUCCCUGUGGGUGACUUCAUCCGCAAGAAUGAGAUUGGCAAGGGCAGUUUCGCUACUGUCUAUCUCGCCUCUCACAGGAAGCGAAAGUCUUUCGCUGCUAUCAAGUCAGUCGUCACAGGAAAGUUGACUGGAAAGCUGAGAGAGAAUCUCAACUCUGAGAUCAACAUCCUGAGGAAGCUCCAGCACCCUCACAUCGUUGCCUUGUUUGAAUGCGUCGACACGCCACAGCACAUCCAUCUGGUCAUGGAGUACUGUCAAAUGUCGGAUCUGGCUGCUUUCAUGAAGGGUAGAGCCCGGAUUGCUUCACUGCCUGAGACGCAUGAUAUCUUUGACAGAUAUCCAAAUGCGACCAACGGUGGUUUGCACGAAGUCCUGGCCCGACACUUCCUCAAGCAGAUUGCCAGUGCCCUCCAAUACCUGCGCAAGUACAACCUGAUCCAUCGCGACAUCAAACCGCAGAACUUGUUGCUUAACCCGCCUCCAACGUACAUGCAGCAACAAAGACCAGAGGACGUGCCCUUGGCCGCAAGCGAGAACUCCCUCAUCCCUGCUGUCGGUGUGGCUUCUUUGCCCAUGCUGAAGCUUGCCGAUUUUGGUUUUGCUCGUCACCUUGCCAGUACUUCGCUGGCCGAAACCCUUNGUGGUUCGCCCCUGUAUAUGGCUCCGGAAAUCUUGGCUUAUCAAAAGUAUGAUGCAAAGGCAGACUUGUGGUCUGUUGGCACCGUGGCCUAUGAGAUGGUGGCUGGAAGGCCCCCUUUCAAAGCGACAAAUCAUGUCGAGCUACUUCGCAAGAUCGACCAAGCACAGGACAUGAUCCAGUUUCCAGCUGGCCUGGUUGUUUCUCGGGAGUUCAAGGACACGAUCAAAUCUCUUCUGAAGAGGCAACCUACUCAGCGUGUCAGUUUCGAUCGUUUCUUUGGAAGCUCCACAAUCAUCGGCGACAUUCCAGGCCUUGUUGAUGAAGACAAACCACGUGUUGCUGAUGCAUCUGAGUCUGACAUUGCCAUGUCCGCCUUGAGUCUUCGUUUGCAGCAGCAAUCCAUCAACAGCCCCGAGCAAGAAAUCGACACUGCUGGCAGCGGUCGACCUGCUCGUGAUCCCUUCUCAGGCAUGACUAGAAGGCCCACAGCUGCACCCGUCUCGCCGAGCGCUGAACCUACUAAGAGACCUGAGAUGCCUAUCAAUCGUCGUCAAACUGAAGCCGCUGUUCCUUCGACGACUACAGCUGACAUGAAGCGAUAUGCCGGUCCGACGGAACAGAAGAGACCACCCCUAGUUCCGACUGCCACUGCUCCCUCGCGCCAAGAGCUACAGCACGCAGCUCCUGUCCACCAAGGCAGGGCUAGCAACCCACGCUACGUUCCAUCUCCUAGUUCUUCGGCUCCGCAGACAUCACCCAUGCAUGAGAAGAUCUCUCGGGAAUCACGCGACACAAACACUGCUCAUGACUUGACGUUCGAGAAAGAGUAUGUUAUGGUUGAGAAGAAGGCCGUCGAAGUCAAUGCGUUUGCCGAUGAGCUCGCGGACCGCAACAGACAGCCCGAAAACCACAUGACUCGUCGUUCGACGGUCCCAGGAGUGCCUGGCGCCACGGUCGUCUCCAACGUAAUAAAGACAGUCUCUGGCAGCAGACAAGCAAACGCGCUCCCCGGUCGUCGCCCUUCUUUCGACCAGCGUGGUCAGGCUCCCACGCCUACAGACUACUUGUCACGCGCGUUGAGCGCAGCCAAUAAUCGCAUACGUCAGGCAAUUAUCGGACAGCCCCAGGGUAUAUCGCCUCCUCAAGGAUUUGCUGGCUUCCCCGCGUCUUCAGCACCCCCUCUACCAUUGACAAUCGGUGACGGAAGAAACUCCCCGAGUAGCGUCGACGAGGACACUCGGAUGCUCCAGAUUGUGGAAGAGGGCGCGACUCGCAGUGAUGUGGUAUACGGCUUCGCAGAAGUCAAGUACCGGCAAUUGCUCCCCGCCACUCCUUCUGCAGAAGACAGGACCACAAUCCGCCAGAUCAGUGCCCUGGAACAACCGCUCAACACUGGUGUGGACGCUGACAACCAGGAUCUCACACAAGUUGCCAUUGUGGCGGUGGCUGAGGAAGCGUUUGUCCUAUACGUCAAGGCUUUGGCCAUCCUGGUAAAGACCAUCAAUCUCGUCAAGUACUGGUGGGAUCGUCAACGCAGGAUCGACACGCCACCUGGAUCACUUCCAUCGAGACUCGGCGACAUUAAGCAAAGCUCUCUUGACAUGAACAAGAAGAUGAACAAUGUUGUGCAAUGGGCUCGCACUCGCUUCAACGAGAGUCUCGAGAAGUCCGAGUUGGUCGGACGCCGCUUGAUCGAGGCUCAGAAGCAGCUUCCUGCUGGUCAUCCAGGACACCCCGACAACCACGGCCAGUUGCAGUCUUCGGGUUCCGGCAACACUUUGAGCGCUGCUGUUGAUCAAAUCCAAUUGACCAGUGGCGUCACGGCUGAAAAACUGAUGUUCGACCGCGCCGUCGAGAUGAGCAGAGCUGCUGCUGUCAACGAGCUCGUGGGAGCCGAUUUUGGCGGUUGCGAGCUUAGUUACAUCACAUCGAUCAUGCUCCUGGAAGCUGUUCUCGAGAACGACGAUGAUCCCUUGCUUUCGAGACAAAACGCAAACAAGGCUAGAGCGGGUAAUGCAAUCAUCACCAUCAAUGGCAUGGAAUCUGAGGAUCGCGAUGCGGUUCUANAAGUACUCGAUGGUCUCCGCCGUAAACUCAGGCAGCAAAUCGUGCCGAGACAGACCACUCCGACAUCUACGACCAGGCCCAUGGCAAGAACGUCCUCGUCACCAGGUACAGCUAUGGGUACACCACCUAGG